CCCACCUUUUACGGCGCGAUGUACUUUAAAGACAACAAGGACGCCUGACCCUCAUAAAGAUGGUUUAUUGACGACAACCUGCUUUGCAUUUGGCCCUGCGCUUCACCAGCAUCCAACUUCGCAUUCCCGCAGAAACAAAUUUGCAGAGCGUAGUUUCUGGAUACGACAUAUUAUCUCCGAUGGAUGGGCUUCUACCACGGAGGCACCCAUGAUCUUCCUUGAAUGUCAAUGCCGUCAUGGAGUCCCCAUCUAACUCAUCCGUACACAACAGGGCAAAACCGAAGAACAAGCUAAGUUGCACGGUAUGCAGGAACCGCAAGAUUCGCUGCGACCGCACGUAUCCGUGUGCCCACUGCGUCCGGUCCGGCGCCGAAUGCGUCUUCCCCGUGCGAAAGCGCAUGCAGCGGCCCAAGAAGACGAAAAACUCGGAACUGCUGAGCCGUCUGAGUCGGCUCGAGGCCAUUGUCGGUAGAGUGGACCCGGACGCCUUGAGCGAGGUCAACCUGUCGGAUCUCAAGACACCGGUGUCACAUGUGCCGGUGCAGUCUCCAGGCAGGCCUCUGAUUCAUCCCUUCCUUGAGGGCAAUGAAACCCCCCUGGAGGCGGCGGCGGCGGCGGCACCACAGGCCGUCUGCGGCCCCCAGACGGACGCCCACACGUCAAAGUAUUUAAGUGGUCAUUUCUGGGCCAACCUUUGCAACGAGGUUGGAGGGCUAAGGCACGCGCUGGAGGAGCCAUCAGGUUCCGACUCUGACGAUGAUUCCGAGGAUGGAACUCCGGACUCUGCUGCGGAUCAGAUGCUGGCACCUCAGUCAUUCAGUUCCGGUUUCCAAGGGUUGUUAGCCAGUCGCACGUCGUCAAGCACUGGAGAAUUAAUCCAUCCCUCGCCAGAUCAGAUCCGCUCCCUGGCUACCAUCUACUUCUCCAAUGUAGAUCCUAUUUUGAAAAUACUUCACAAGCCUACCGCUCUGGAAAUGGCUGGUGCUGCAAUUGAUAGCCUCAACAAGUCUCAGGAAGCUCUCCUGUUUGCGAUUUACUUCGGUGCCGUCGUCAGUCUUCCCUCAUCCACCAAUACCGCCAGACUUGGUCUCGAACAUGCUUUGCCGGUCCUGUGUGCCAAGUAUCAGCUUGCUGUAGAGCGUGCACUCGCAGCUGCAGACUACCUGAACAAUCCUGACCUUGAGUGCCUCCAAGCGCUGGUCAUAUAUGUGGCGUGUCUCCGCUGCCACAACGGGUCCCGUUCCUCCUGGGUUCUUGUCGCUCUUUUACUGCGUCUAGCGCAAGCCAUGGACCUCCAUAGAGAUGGCGACGGGAGUCAGUUCACCCCCUAUAUCGCCGAGCUAAGACGGCGACUUUACUGGCAAAUAGUGGUGCUUGACGUCCGAGCUGCCGAAGACAGAGGAACCGAGGCUAUGGUAGUCUCGGGCAGCUACGAUACACGCCUACCUCUGAACCUCAACGACACGGACUUCAGUCCAGACACGAGAGGCCCCCUCGUGGAGCGGGCAGGUCCGUCCGAUACGACCUUUAGCCGCUGCACGGCGCAAAGUUCUGGCAUUUUUCUCUACGUCGGCCCGCCAACAAACUGCCCUGGUGGCAUGCCCGCGAGAAGCAAGGACGAACUCAUCGCGCAUGUGCAAGAGCUCGAAGCACAGUUUAUUACGAAGUCAGACCCUUCCCAUAUCGGCUCCUACUUCGCAUCCAUGCUCGUCCGCCUCAUCAACCUCAAGCUCUGGCUCGUGCAACAAUACCCCGUCCACCUGCACCGAAGCCCGCAGGACACAGACGACACCUCUACGUCCAACCACUCUCGCUGGCCCAAGGUAUCCCACGAGGUCAUGCUGCAGACGGCCAUAUCCGUCAUGGAGCUGCAACAACACUGGCGUUCGGACCCCUAUUCCAUACCGUUCGACUGGUGGUACAUGACGUAUGUCCAGUGGCACCCCCUUGCAGUAUCUCUUGCAGAGCUGUGCUCGCAGACUCGGGGUCCGCUCGUGGAAAGGUCAUGGAAGUGCAUAGAGGAUGUUUUCCCCAAAUAUGGCGAGAUCGUGGCUGAGAGCAAGCGUGGCUCGCUGUGGCGGCCCAUCCGAAAAUUGUACAAAAAGGCCAAGGCCGCGAGGACCGAGGCGCUCCGCGAGGAUGCGCACAAGCUUGCUGAGGCAUCAGGGUUCGGUAGGGGGGACGUCCUUAUGACAACUGGUCCCGAUGCGCUCGCUGCGGCUGAGAGUACUGCUGCUGAAACCAUCUCUGCCACAACUGCCGUCCAAACAGCAGAAGACGCACGGCAGCCAGCGCCACUGUCGCCGGUACAGAGCUUUCCCGGCGGCCUAACGACGGCGUCGUUCUCUACUUUGUUUCAGGAUCCAACGGGCUGGGUGGGUAUGAGUUUUCCCGAUCUCAGCUUCGACAUGCCGGCUGACCCGACGUUCGAGGCUACGAAUUGGGGGGUAUGGAAUGAGUUCGUGAAUGACUAUGCGGGUAACAGCUCGAAGACGAGUUCUAGUGAGGAGGGAGGUUGAAAAGCGUGCGAGCUGGGAAGGGAGAGGCUGGUACUAUUGGUAGGUUGUUUAUCAAAAUAUCAUAUCCUAAAAAAAACAAGUUACAACGCCUGCCCAAAUUUUAGGUUAUAAUUGGUUAGUCUUGUCUUUUCUAAAGUGUGGAAGUGAGUGCAUUGGCUUGACAGUCAAGGUGAGAUGGGCAUGGA